AUGAGACACACGCAGGGGAGGGGGAGCAGCAGCAACAUAACAAGACGGCAGCAACUCCCUGCAGCAGCAGCAGCAGCAGCAGCAGCAGCAGCAGAAGCAGCAGCAGAAGAAGCAGCAGGUGAGGGACAAGGAGGAAGCCGAAACGUCAGGCAGAUGUUGCAGCAGCAGCAGCAGCAGCAGCAGCAGCAACGGAACGAAAUGGAAGCAACCACAUACAGCAGCAGCAGCAGCAGCAACAGCAGCAGCAGCAGCAGCAGCAGCAGAACAACAGUGAAAAAGCAGCAGCAGCAACAGCAGCAGCAGCAACAACAACCGCCGUAG